GGACGCGUGGAGGUAAACGAUCAUGAACUCGUUUGAAUAUCGCGAACCCAGGUGAGAAUGUACGUCAUAAUUUUAUAUCUUCAGGUGUUAGUUUUGAUUCUGUUAUCGUUCCUUAUCCGGCCUCCUUUGGAACCUAACUUUCACAUGACGGUGUCCGUGACGGUGUAAAAAAAAAGCGAUGACAUAUCUUUGAACUCUGACCUAAGCAGACAUGCGAUGUGAGCUUCAAACAUGGAUUUCUCCGGCUGACAUAGAAAAUUGAGUGAAGAUCUGUAAACCCCUCUGGUCGCAAUAUGCGAAAUAAAACGACCUUCUACACGUCUUCCUCGGCGGAAUGGAGUGGAGCAGCGAAUUCCGAUAAAAAGAUGUCCAGCGCACUGAACAUUCACCGUGGUAGCAGUGAGUCUGUGAAUGUUCCCAUUUUAAGAGCAGCUGAAGUGGGUGAAAGAUGGCCGAUCCUCUUGUGGUUCUACUUCAAGACAUUAGGGCUUUAUCAUUCUGGUUUUCUGGUUUGCUCCAAACUAUGCAACAGAUGCAUAAAGUCAAAGAAGCACACUGCAUUCUACUACACAGAUAAUCAGUGUAAAGUAUGUGACAGCUUGACAUGGGAUUACAAAGGUGUGCCAACUGUUAUCACUGAUCAUGAAAUUGGCUCAUCCUUUCUGAACCACUGUGGAAGUGGCUUUCUGUCAUUGGUGUGGCUCCUGCUCAUAACUGGUAUAACAUUAGCUAACAUUGUGCUAUUGAUAACAAGCUAUGCAAAUUCUGGCUGUGAUAUUGUUCAUGUGCUUGCCUGGAUUGGAAUGAAGCUGUUGCUCUAUGUUGGUCCAUUCACUUGUCUCAUUUCUGUUGUGCACACCACAUGGCCAACUAUGUUCAUGGGAAGCUGGUCAAAUGCAUUGGCUGUAGAAUUCCUUGUCCAUCGUAUGCGAUUUGUGAACAUGAAGGAUAAGCAGUUUGCUGGUUACGCCCUCUUCGUUGGGAGCUUGGCUGUGAUGUGCACCCAGUGUCUGAAGAUAGCAGCGCCAUAUUUUGACCCAGAGCUGGUCUCACCCAUGGUUGCUAAUGAAACACUUUCUAGUCUAACAACUUUGGUUCCUCUUCACUUUUUUGUCAUUGUAGAAGGCUACAUUAACUUUGGUGGAUUUUGCUACUUAGUGUACCUUCUACGUUGCAGCUAUGAGUCAGAAAUCAAAUUGGUAACAAAGUUUCUGCGUGAAAACAUCAACAACAUUGAUUUGUGUCGAGCUCGUUUGGCUGAAGCAUUUGAUGCCUUCCACAAAUUCCGUGAAUUUUCCUCAGGUUGGAUUGCACUGAACCUAAUUCUAUGCACAGUCUGUCUUUUUCUUGAGUUACAUGUGUGGAUUGUAAAGACCAAUCCAUUGCCUUUUUUUCAAUAUUUGCAUUCACUUCUGUUACUCUUCUUCUUAAUGCUGCCAAUCAUCUCUCUUGGAAAUGUUGAUGUUGAUUAUUUGUGGAAUCGCUUGGUUCGCCAAGUUAGUCGUCAGAGGAGGUCAGAGCAGGAAGAUUGCUGGGAUAAAGUUAUGCAGUUUCUUCUGGAACAGCGUGCUGGUGCACGUCCAUGGAGAGCUGUUUUGGCAUUCUUCUUGUCAGCUAUUGCGGUAUUCUCUGCCAUUCAGUUUAGACUGUGGUCGAACAAUCAGAAGAUUGUCAAUGUGUAUACAAUGACAAAUGGAAGUUUAUCUUUAAUGCAGCAAUUUCAUUACUCAUGAAAUAUAAUUAUCAAAUGAUGUUCAUUGCAGUGUUUGACUCAAAUAGAAUGGAUUUUUAUACCAAUCAUAUUCUUGGUGAAGAUUUUUUGACAGUCCAAUUUUUAAUUAUUUAUUGAUCAGAGGGGAUAUUAAAUUUUGAAAAGCAAUGAUUGGGGCUGGAAUGACAUGUUAACUUGAGAAAUUGGAUGUUUUGAAAAUGUUGUGACUCUUAAACUAAUAGCAAUGAAGAUUCGCUUGGAUGGACAUAGAAUUAUUUAUUAGGAUGUAUUAUUAAUGAUUAUUUUGAGGAACUUGUUGUUUUCACAUCCUGUUAUUCAGUUUUUAAAAGGAAAUGAAAAGUAAAACUUGUAAGAAUUGUAUAAUAAAAGCUACCAGUCAAAUUUUCAUUUCAUGUUCAUUGAACUGUGUGGUCUGUUGAAAUUAAAAUGUCCUUGCAGUAUGCUCAGUAUGAACAUCUGAAAAUUUCUUUGGCUUUGUGCAUUAUUAUGGUACACAAUCAUAAACCUUUCUUAUGUUUUUUACUUUAUUGUGCAAUCUGUUAAUUUUGAUGAAAUAUUAAAUAGAAGUUUAUUUGCAAUUGAUACUGCUUACACUGACCUAUGGGAAUUCUCUGUUUGUCUGGUGUUAUUACUUAUUAUUGCAUUUUUUAACUAAUAAUUCUAUUAACCCUUUCCAUCAAACUAUUUCCAUUCCUAUCAGGGAUGAAUCUACAAUGAAUAUCUAUA